AUGGGGUUUGUGGAGCUUUUGUAUGUUGCUUCAUUGCCUGUAGUAAAAGUGUUACUGAUAACUGCACUUGGAUUGUUUCUUGCAAUAGAUUACACAGAUGUGUUGGGAGCAGAUGCAAGGAGUAAAGUGAACAAUCUUGUAUUUUAUGUGUUUAAUCCAUCAUUGGUUGGUAGCAAUUUGGCAGAAACUUUAACAUCUGAAAAUGUUCUUACUUUGUGGUUCAUGCCGGUGAAUAUUCUUAGCACAUUCAUAUUAGGUUCAGCUUUAGCAUGGUUGGUGAUUAAAGUUACGAGACCUCCAAAGCACUUGGAAGGUCUCAUAUUAGGUUGCUGUUCUGCAGGAAAUUUAGGAAACUUGCCUAUAAUCAUUAUUCCAGCUAUAUGUAAAGAGAAAGGAAGUCCUUUUGGGGACCCUGACAUCUGUCAUAAAUAUGGAAUGGCUUAUGUCUCACUUUCUAUGGCGAUUGGAGCAGUUUUACUAUGGACAUAUGUUUAUAACAUUAUGAGAAUUUCAUCAAAUAAAGCCAAAUUGAUGACUUCAGGGGUGAUAUCAGAUUCACAACAAAACAAUAAUAUUUCAGAAACACUUAACCCAGCAAAAGAUGCCCCAGAAGAUGCAUAUGCUUUACUGCUUCCAAAUACAGAAAUUCAGGAAAAGGUUUCAUUCUCAGAUAAAAUGAAACGACAUUUGAAGAAGAUUUUAGAUAAUAUCAAUUUCAAAACCGUGUUUGCACCAUCAACCAUUGGAGCAAUUAUUGGGUUUGGCAUUGGUGUAAUCACCCCAAUAAGGAAGUUAAUGGUUGGCAACGAUGCUCCAUUUCAUGUAGUUGAAGAUUCUGCAGCCAUGUUAGGUGAAGCAGCCAUCCCAACAGUCACUCUCAUAUUAGGUGCAAACCUCCUUAAAGGUUUGAAGGGAACAAGUACUCCAACGUGGACAAUUGUAGGAAUUAUAGCAGUGCGAUAUAUUUUUCUUCCAAUAUUAGGUGUUGUAGUGGUUCAAGGUGCAAUCAAAUUGGGUUUGGUGCAACCAGAUCCAUUAUAUCAGUUUGUCCUUUUACUUCAAUAUGCAAUGCCUCCAGCUAUGAAUAUAGGAACUAUGGCUCAGUUGUUUAGAUCUGGUGAAAGUGAAUGCUCUGUUAUUAUGCUAUGGUCGUAUGCUUUUGCGUCAAUAGCAGUUACCCUUUGGUCAACCUACUUCAUGUGGCUAGUUGUUUAA